GCGUGGAGGCUGUGCUCGGUGCGUGCGCGUCUUCCGACUAUUGUUACGCGUCGGAAUCGUCGGACCGACUCCCGAUUCAACUUUAAACGAUACGUCGUCUUCUUUUGUUCUUUCAGGCCAGCACGUGGACUCAAAACAUUUCAACUUUUUAUUUAUUUUUUAAAUGUCUUCAACAUUUUGAUUUCCUUCCCUGUGCAGAUAGUUUUUGUUGUUGUUGAUGGCGCGGUCUAACCAAGAUGGACACGAGCUGUCUGCUGGUUAGAGCCUAGAUAACGGCUUCGCCCUUUAAUUCUAAAUGUAGGAUUUAUUUAAUUAUCCGCUGCGGACGUUUUUAUUGAUCAACUGGAUGUAACCGCACUGGGUCGUUCCCACCCCACGAGGGUCACAUCCUAUAAUGAACAUUUUCCCACGGAAGUUUCGGUGAACUACUUUUUUUUUUUUUUCUUCUUCUUCUUCUUUUCUUUUUUUUUUUUCUCCUGUUCCCACGACUCGCCAUGUCGGGAGUUGUCCGCACCCUGAGCCGCUGCCUGCUCCCGUCCGAGGCCAGCCGGGACCCGGGCAGCAGCAAGGAAGGCAGCCGGGAGAGGGACGCGGCGCAGGAGCGCGAGGCGCGGCGCCGGAGCCGGGAGAUAGACGCGAUGCUCGCCCGCGAGAGGAGAGCCGUGCGCCGCCUGGUGAAGAUCCUCCUGCUCGGGGCCGGAGAGAGCGGAAAGUCCACAUUCCUCAAACAGAUGCGCAUCAUUAACGGGCAGGAGUUUGAUAAGAAAGCGCUUCUGGACUUCCGGGACACGAUCUAUGAGAAUAUACUGAAGGGCGUGCGUGUGCUGGUGGACGCCCGGGACAAGCUGGGCAUCAGCUGGCAGAGCUGCGAGAACGAGAAGCAGGGCAUGCUGGUGAUGUCCUGGGAGGGGCGCGUGGGCGGCUCGGGGGUGGAGCCGGGCGACUUCCAGCUGUACGUGAUGGCGCUGAGCGCGCUGUGGGCGGACGCCGGCAUCCAGGAGGCCUACGCGCGGCGCUCCGAGUUCCAGCUGAGCGAGUCGGUCAAAUACUUCCUGGAUAACUUGGACCGUAUCGGCCAACCGAACUUCAUCCCGAGCAAGCAGGACAUCCUGUUCGCCAGGAAGGCGACGAAAGGCAUCGUCGAGCACGACUUCGUCAUCAAGAAGAUCCCGUUCAAGAUGGUGGACGUGGGGGGCCAGCGGUCCCAGAGGCAGAAGUGGUUCCAGUGUUUCGACGGCAUCACGUCGAUACUCUUCAUGGUUUCGUCGUCGGAGUACGAUCAGGUCUUGAUGGAGGACCGGAGGACAAACCGUUUGGUGGAGAGCAUGAACAUCUUCGAGACGAUCGUCAACAACAAGCUCUUCCUCAACGUGUCCAUCAUCCUCUUCCUCAACAAAACCGACCUGCUGGUGGAGAAGAUCCGCACGGUGGACAUCCGCAAGAACUUCCCAGAGUUCAGAGGAGACCCCCGCAGGCUAGAGGACGUACAGGCCUUCCUGGUGCAGUCGUUCAGCCGCAAGAGGAGGAACCGGGGGAAGCCGCUCUUCCACCACUUCACCACGGCGGUGGACACGGAGAACAUCCGCUUCGUCUUUCACGCCGUCAAGGACACCAUCCUGCAGGAAAACCUCAAGGAUAUUAUGCUGCAGUGA